CGAGGAUCCGGGAAGGUUGGCGGACUGGAGCAGAAGGGGGACGGCGCACAUCAUGAUCCGAAACCUCAUCGCAUGAGAAGCCGUACCGCUCAGAUCCUCACGUCCAGCUCUCAUCUAAAAGAAAGGCAUCAUGAUUCCUGUGAUGGAAUUCCGGCAGUUCUCUGAACAGCAGCCAGCGUUCAGGGUCCUGAAGCCAUGGUGGGAUGUGUUCACCGACUACCUGUCUGUAAUCAUGCUCAUGAUCGGUGUGUUUGGAUGCACUCUUCAGGUAAUGCAAGACAAGAUCAUAUGCCUUCCUCAGAGAAUGUCAUCGCCUUCAGAGAACACAAGUGAAGUGGAACAGAGGACGUUACACCUGCAAUCCAAUAUAUCGGCUGUGACCAGCGAAAUGAAAGGCCUGAAAACUGAUCUGGAUCUUCAGCAGUACAGUUUCAUCAAUCAAAUGUGUUAUGAGAAGGCUCUACAUUGGUAUGCCAAGUAUUUCCCCUAUCUGGUUCUCAUACACACCUUGGUUUUCAUGGUGUGUAGUAACUUCUGGUUCAAAUUCCCUGGCUCGAGCUCUAAAAUAGAGCAUUUUAUCUCCAUGCUUGGCAAGUGCUUUGACUCUCCUUGGACCACACGAGCUCUGUCAGAGGUGUCCGGAGAGAAUCCUGAAGAAAAAGACAGUAAAAAGACUGGUACUUUUAGGUCCAACAUCGCUGUGGUGCCCGGAGAAGCUAGUUUGGAGAAGACACAGUCCCUCCGGUCUAUCCCAGAAAAGAUUGUAGUUGAAAAGCCAUCUGCAAGUGUUCUUGAUAAAAAAGAGGGUGAGCAAGCUAAAGCUCUUUUUGAAAAGGUUAAGAAGUUCCGUUUGCACGUGGAAGAAGGAGACAUCCUCUACCUUAUGUAUGUUCGGCAGACAGUGUUCAAGGUGUUCAAAUUCCUCUUAAUCAUUGUCUAUAAUAGUUCUCUAGUGAAUAAAGUAAGGAACAGAGUACGUUGCGAAGUGGAGAUCCAGGACAUGACGGGCUAUAAAGAGUUUGAAUGUAAUCACACUAUGGCUCAUCUUUUUUCUAAGCUUUCUUACUGUUACCUGUGUUUAGUGGCUGUCUACGGAUUGACAAGCCUCUACACCUCCUACUGGCUGUUUUACCGCUCACUGAAGGAAUACUCCUUUGAGUAUGUGCGACAGGAAACAGGCAUCAAUGACAUCCCCGAUGUGAAGAAUGACUUUGCUUUCAUGCUGCAUAUGAUUGAUCAGUAUGACCCGCUGUAUUCUAAAAGAUUUGCAGUUUUUUUAUCUGAGGUCAGCGAGAACAAACUGAAGCAGCUCAACCUCAACCACAAUUGGACUGCUGAGAAAUUGCGUCAGAGACUCCAGACUAAUGCCAACAACAGACUUGAACUUCAACUGUUCAUGCUCCCUGGGUUACCUGACACUGUCUUUGAGUUGACGGAGCUGCAGUCGCUCAAGCUUGAAAUCAUCAACAAUGUCACCAUCCCUGCCUCUAUUUCUCAGCUGGAGGACCUUCAGGAGCUGUCUCUUUACCAAUGCUCUUUAAAGUUGCACACAACAGCUACCUCCUUCCUCAAAGAAAACCUGAAAGUGCUUCGCGUGAAGUUUGAUGAUAUCAGGGAACUUCCGCACUGGAUGUACGGCCUGCGCAACUUGGAGGAGCUCUAUCUCACCGGAUCACUCAGCCCCGAUGCCUCUAAGAACAUAGUUCUCGAGUCGCUGCGGGAGAUGAAGUGUUUGAAAACUCUCUCCCUUAAAAGUAAUUUGACCAAGAUACCCCAGUCGAUAGUGGAUGUUUCCAGCCACCUGCAGCGGCUGUACUUACACAAUGAUGGCUCUAAACUAGUAAUGCUCAACAACCUGAAAAAGAUGGCCAAUCUGACUGAGCUGGAGCUAGUGCGCUGUGAUCUGGAACGCAUCCCGCAUGCAGUCUUCAGCCUGACAAAUCUGCAAGAGCUUGAUCUGAAAGAGAAUAACAUUCGCUCAAUAGAGGAGAUCAUCAGCUUCCAGCAUCUCAGAAAACUCAUUUGCCUUAAACUUUGGCACAAUGGCAUCAUGUACAUCCCAGAGCAUAUCAAAAAGCUCGGCAGCCUUGAGCGCCUCUACUUCAGCAACAACAAGAUCGAGAUAUUGCCUUCGCACCUGUUCUUGUGCAACAAGCUGCGGUACCUGGACCUGUCCAACAAUGACAUCCGAUUCAUCCCUCCAGAAGUUGGAGUCCUUCAGAGCCUACAGUAUUUCUCUGUCACGUGUAACAAAAUCGAAAACCUACCAGAUGAGCUCUUCUUUUGCAAAAAGCUCAAAACACUAAAGCUUGGCAAGAACUCGCUGUCCAUACUCUCGCCAAAAAUCUCCUACCUAGCUCUACUGACACAUUUGGAGCUCAAAGGCAAUCACUUUGAGCUCCUGCCACAAGAGCUUGGUUGCUGUCGUGCUUUGAAGCGCAGUGGCCUUAUAGUGGAAGACACACUGUUUGAAACUCUGCCUUCAGAUGUCAGGGACCAAAUGAAGGCUGAGUGAGAUGCCUUAUUGUAGCCACAGUGCCUGCUGUUUGUUCUGUCUACCAAUUCAGAGACUUUGUUUUGUAUUAACUCAUUACCAUAUUUAAGUAUUACACUAGUGUUAAAAAAGAACAAAAAAACUGUUGUUUUUCCAGUUUCCUUGAGGGAGGGGAAACUUUCUUGUUUGUAUAUUGUCACAUAGAGUGUGGCUCUACAGGGGUGUUUGUUCUGUUGUUAUUAAGUUUUGACAUUUUAUGCAGCCAUGAGUCCUUCUAAAAAGGAAUAAUUAGGCAUUUUGGGAAAUACUUAAUACACUUUAGAUCAAAAGACUUAUAUCUGUAGAUUAAACAUUAAGUCACAACCAGUGGGUGAUUAGCUUAGCACAAAGACCAGAAGCAGGAGGAAACAGCUCGGCUGGUUCUGUCCAAAUAUGAAAAAUACACCUACUAACACAUCUGAAACUUACUAAUUAACAUGUCGAAGAUUGUUUGUUUAAUCUAUAUGAGAACCAAAAUAUAAAAAUGAGAGGUUGUGGUUUUUCUGCCAGGGGUCUCCAACCUUUUUUUUACUCUGAGAGCUACUUUGAGAAAAUAAAAGGGGCUGAGAGCUCCUCAUGUCUGAUAUUACUGGUCACAUUUAUUGACAUAUCGUAUCAAAACACUCACAGUGAUCUCCAAAACAUCAUUUCACAAAUAUCAAUAUCCAAAUCUCACAAUUUGUACCAAAAACAUCCGAAACUCAAGACAUCACAUCAGUGUCAAUUUUUGCGUCAACAAUCUGAGUCAUGAUUCAGUCAAACCUGAGCACACAGACAUGAUAACACCACUGCACAAAAAUGUCCAUAACUGCUUAGAAAUCAGAGAAAAAAGAAGCUCCUGAGUCGGUGAUCCAGUGUUAGUUGUCGGUGCAUCCAAAGGAACAAACAGGAACUUAAAGUAGCUAAUUCAGUACACUUCAUUUCCUGAAAUGUAAACAAACAUGGGUUAAAAACAAAACACAGAGGUCAAGUUGAAGCCCACAGCGUAACUCACUUAAUCCAUGGCAACAUAUUUCCUGUUUCUUGGAAAAGUUUAGUUUAUAUCUGUUCUGUUAUCUGGAAGAGCUUAUCCCUGCUGUAUGUCGCCUACGGCAUAUCAAACAAACUUGACAGUGUAACUCAUCUGACAACUGACAAAUAAUUAUUCUGUGUUGAAGGGGGUGGGUGUGUCUGUGUAUUUGAAUUAGUUGCAUUUGGAGUAGAUUUCUACUGGGGAAAGUUGUAUUGCAUGAUAUGCAUCCAUGAGCUACUGGUAGCUCACAACCACAUGUUGGAGACCAGUGUUUUAUGGGGAGUUGCAUGCUGGACUAUUUUUGGCCUGGUGCGUUGAGUUCCUGGUGUCUCUUAAUUGAUGAGUUUUCAGGUGCUGCUUGACAGAUUUUUUUUUUUUUUCUUUUACAAACAUUGGACGGAGCCAGGCUAGCUAACCAAACAGGCUGCUAGCCCAGGUGUAGCUUCAUAUUUAGCAUACAAACAUGGGAGUGGUACCAAUCUUUUCAUCUAACUCUUAGUAAGAAAGCAAAUAAGCAUAUUUUCCAAAAUGUCCUUACAGCACAUUUUCUUUCAGUGCCACAUAAAAACCAUUGAAUAACUGAAUGUAAACCAAAACUGAAGACCUCACUUAAGUUUAGGCUAGUAGCCUUAUGCUGUAUUGUAGUGUUGCCCUUAUAAAAUCCUUUAGUUUCUUCAAGAGACUGUUAGCUAAUAUGGACAACAGCAGGGGGACAUGCAAAAAACGAAGGGUAUAUCUUAUAUAAGUACACGUGACACCUUGUCAAAACAAUACUGUAUUGUAGAAAGAUGACACUUUAAAGUGCAUUAAAAUUAAAGGAUUGUGUCAUACUGGUGUUUUUCUUGCUGCCUAUACGAAUGUAUUUUUUUUUAACAGUAUUUUUUAUGUUGUUGAUGAAUAAAAUUGGAUUUAUUUGUGGA